UUUUCUUUCCUUUCUGCUCACUUUCCCUGGCCACUUUGUACUUUUUUGUUGUGUCUACGCUCCUCACUUCUUCAUCUUAUGUUGUGCAUAGAUCUGCUUCUGUCUACAGUGUGAAUACAUGUCCGUGCACCCGAACCGGGAUGUCUUCUUAUUUAAUCCACAACCGCAAGCGUACAUCAAAUCAGCUCUGGUGGUAGCACCUCUGUGCACCCUAGCAACUGGGAGCCGCCCGGAGAGCAUAGAUGGAACACCCUCAGGAUGGCUCAUGCGGUCAACCCAAGCGGAGGCUGAGCGGAACGGGAACGUUCCACAUCCGACUCUAGCUCAGCUGCCUCUAAAAGGUUAUCCUCGUUGCAGCAACAGUGUGCCCUGUGCACUGAAGCCGCUUGUCGGCUGUCCUCUCUGGAGGAGGGCAUCCUGGGGGUGUAAUUGGGAUGGUCAUAAAGCACAUGCAUCGGAUGGCAGCCGGACGGCCGAGCUGAACGGCCUGGGGCCGGCUCUUUUUUUUGGCAUGGGGAGCGACUGUGGGCUGGCCCUCCUGGUUGUUGGGGUCAUCUGGGGGAUGUCCCCGGGUGGGCUAUCCCAGGGCUGCCCGACUGCACCCGUGGUGUAUAAUCUGGCUCCACAAAAGUCCCUCCUUGAACUUUCCCCAUUGGACGGCCUUCUUGUCGGAGGAAACCACUUCAUGAAGAACGCCAAAGGUCGAGGACUGUCAUGA